GGGGAGGGGCUCGCGGCCUGCACUUGAACGCUCGAGAGCGGAUGAAUGGGGGAUGUGGUGUGCCGGAGCUUUCGCCGACCGCGUUAAUUUUGCCUCCGUUAAUUAGUGGGUGGGCGUGGGUAGCUAGGAGGACUUUGCAGGCCCCUGCGGCCCUCUUGGAAAGAAAAGCGGGAAUUCUUAAACGCCGUAGAGAUUUCGGUGGGAACUGUCGCGAUUUGCGACAGCGUCGCCGUGCAACAACAGCAGCGAGAGACUGCUCGGAUUUACAAGCGGCGGCGGCAGCAGCAGCAGGUGUUGUCAGAGGGUUCGGUGGGCAACUGCGACCGACUCCACCACCAUCGCCCGAGUUCUUGUUGUUGUGGCUUGACCAUGGGUCUCGGCGACGUGAAGUGCCUGGCCGUGGAGCUGGAGGCGCCCGACGGCGGUAGCGGACGCGGCGUGUUCGUGGCCGGCCAGGAGGUGCGUGGCCGCGUCCUGCUGAGACUCCGACGCGAGUCGCGACUCCGCUCGCUGCGAGUCCGCGCGCGGGGCCUCGCCCGGGUCGGCUGGGCCGAGCCGGAGCUGCUGGGACGGGCCGCGACGCCGCUGACUCUCGCCUGCCGCGAGGAGUCCACCUACCUGGACGUGCAGCAGCCGCUCCUCGUGCCGACUGGCGGAAGUGAGGAUCACGUGACGCUGCCCGCCGGGCUGCACGAGUUCCCGUUCAGCUUCGUGCUGCCGGACGGACCGCUGGCCACGUCGUUUGAGGGGCGUCACGGCUGGGUCCGCUACUGGGUGGAGGCCGCACUGGAGCGUGACUGGGGCCGGACGCAGCGCACGCGCCAUCGCUUCAGCGUCGUGGUGCACGUGGACAUCAACACGCCCACCCUGCAGGAGUCGGCCGCUGGCGCUCGCGAGAAGAACGUCGGCUUCGCCAUGUUCGGCUCGAGCCUCAUCGCGCUCAGCGUGAAGAUCGACCGGCGCGGCUACUGCCCGGGCGAGGCCAUCGCCAUCCACGCCGAGGUGGAGAACUGCUCGUCGCGCCUCGUCGUGCCCAAGGCGGCGCUCUGCCAGCGCCAGGUGUUCUUGGCGGGUGGGCGCACGCGCUCGCACGUGCGCGCCGUGGCGGAGGUGCGCGGCGAGAGCGUGCCGUCGGGCCGCACCGACUCGUGGGACGGCCGCUUGCUCAAGGUCCCGCGCCUGCCGCCCUCCGUGCUGUCCUGCGCCCUCAUCCGUGUCGAGUACUGCCUACAGGUGUACGUGGACAUCCCCGGCUCGUCAAACCUGCAGCUGGAGCUGCCACUGGUGCUGGGCACGAUACCGCUGCAAGCACUGGGCUCCCGCACGUCCAGCGUGUCGAGCCAGCGCAGCGUCACUGGGGGACCAGCGUGGAGCGAGCUGCCCGAGGCGCCUGAAGCUCCCCCGUGCUACACGGACGUGGUGUCGGAGGAGAGGUUCCGCAGUCUGUGCGUCCACGCCGAGGAGGCCUCUGCAGGGCCCCGCUCGGCCUACCUCUACAUGCAGCAGUUCAUGCUGCAGCCUCCGCCCCUCUACUCCGAGGUUGACCCCCAUCCUCUGGAGAGGCUGCCGGUGCAGGUGAGCACGUGAGGCCUCUCCGCGCACCAUCGAUGUGGACAGCGAGCACGAGAGAGGGAAAGGGGGAGCGGGAGCCGUGUCUGUGAAUCACGGGGCAUCCAAGCCGUCCAGCACACGCAUUCGCAAGUGGCGGUGCAAACUCCGGACUCUUGACGAUGGAGCUGAUGAACAUUAAUGAUUGGGACAGUGACAACGAUGAUGCUGAGGACUGUCUUUCUCUGAAGAUGGGGAUCUAUGUCAUGAUGACGCAGUUAUGAAGAUGUGGGAUCGAUAAUGAUGAUGGUGACGAAGGUGGUGAUUGUGAUGAGGACAGCGGUGAUGAAGAAAAUGGUGACGCCUCGAAAGAUGGCGACAGCGUUCGUUGUGGCGACGGUGAUCGUUAUGGAGACUGCGCUGGAGGGAGGGAUAGUGGUCUUGACGAGUGUUGCCAGUAGCGAUGUUUGAGAGGCUGUACCACGUUGCGCGUGUGCGGUACGGCUGUCCCUGCGACACAGGCGCCGGGACUCGCGCGCCGUCCGGCUGCUGCAGCCGAGCGUGGCGGCGUGCACUUUAAAUGCGUUUUCAUUUUUUUGAGCAAAAAUGUUCAUUUUUGCUUUUGCCAAAGCCUUUACCUGGCACUUACCCAGCUGCAUGGGAAACACUAACGGCAUUUGCCAUCAUGAUGAAUGUCGUGUGGCCUUAUUUUUGUAUACGCACUUCAAGCACAAAUGGUUAAAUUUUAAUGGCGGCCACUGGCUUCCAUUACCGAGUGCCAUAGGUUGCCUGGUGAUGAGGGAUCCUCAUAAGGGACGGGACUGGGUGGCCACGUGCGUGGAUGUGCACGUUAAAGUUAUUUUGUAUUCUCAGCUUCAACACCAAAACUCGGAGCCCCGGCUGGCACAAGACUGUGCCGCCGGUUCCCAUUGAGCCAUGCGCGCAAGGGUCGUUAUUAAGCCUCGCCAACCAUGACCUCGUGCUGCUGCGAGGGUGGUGGAGGACGAGCUGUCCCUCCACCCCCGCCGGUGAGGGUCAACCCUGGCGAAGGUAACAUUCUGCCAUGAAACCCGGUCACACCCCUUGGGCAGAGGGACUACUUCCCCGGGGUUUUUGUAACCAAACGAGCCAAAACGCGCCCUGCGCCACUGAAUGAAACUUCGCCGGCGUGACUGUUCAAAACGUUUACAAGGAAAGUUCUCCUGCUGUAACCGCAGCUGCUGUCCUGGGUGGAAUAUUCCAGCUGUAGCCAGGUGCCAGAACCGCCGAGCAGCGGUCCGAGUGCCUCGCUUGAAGCGAUUUCCCCGAGCCUCGGUUGGUUUGGGGAAUGGGCAGCUAUCAUGCCGGAUUGAUGGAGCCAUCGUGGGUUUUUUUGCCAAAAGAAUCUGGUGACGUGUGGGCAUUUGUGUCCCGCGUCGUCAACCGAGCCAAAUCUUGCGUUGGAUCUGCGGAGCUGGAAUGGCACUUCCAGGGUUAUUUUGUUUUGUUUUUGUUAACACAGCCAUGAUGCCUGGGCUGGCCUUGCCUGGCAGUGCCCGGGCAGCCCUUACAGUGUUAUAUUCAGACGUGCGUUUUGACCGCUGGAUGUGAAAGGUCCGACCCUGUGGGUUUUGUAAUAAAAUCACUGUUUUGUAGA